AUGGCUCGGCGCGGCUGGCUGCGGGCGCCCCUCCGCCGCGGCGUCGGCGGCGGCGGCCCCCGGGCCCGCCGGCUCACGCGGCCGCUCUGGUUGCUCCUCGCAGUGGGAGUCUUUGGCUGGGCCAGGGCUUCGGACGGCGCUGGCGGAGAAGCGAGAGCCAUGGACGAGGAGAUCGUGUCAGAGAAGCAAGCGGAGGAGAGCCACCGGCAGGACAGCGCCAACCUGCUCAUCUUCAUCCUGCUGCUCACGCUAACCAUUCUCACGAUCUGGCUCUUCAAGCAUCGCCGGGCCCGCUUCCUGCACGAAACCGGCCUGGCUAUGAUUUAUGGUCUUUUGGUGGGCCUUGUGCUUCGAUAUGGCAUUCAUGUUCCUAGUGAUGUGAACAAUGUGACCCUGAGCUGUGAAGUGCAGUCAAGCCCAACUACCUUAUUGGUAAAUGUUAGUGGAAAAUUUUAUGAGUAUACGCUGAAAGGAGAGAUCAGUUCACAUGAGCUCAAUAACGUUCAAGAUAAUGAAAUGCUUAGAAAGGUUACUUUUGAUCCAGAAGUAUUUUUCAACAUAUUACUUCCUCCUAUCAUAUUUUAUGCGGGAUAUAGUCUGAAAAGAAGACAUUUCUUUCGAAACCUUGGGUCUAUCUUAGCGUAUGCUUUUCUUGGAACCGCAAUUUCUUGUUUCGUAAUUGGAUCGAUAAUGUAUGGCUGUGUAACACUGAUGAAAGUAACUGGACAACUUGCGGGAGAUUUUUACUUUACAGAUUGCCUGCUGUUUGGUGCCAUCGUAUCAGCAACUGAUCCAGUGACUGUUCUUGCCAUAUUCCAUGAGCUUCAAGUUGAUGUUGAACUCUAUGCACUUCUUUUUGGUGAAAGUGUCCUCAAUGAUGCUGUUGCCAUAGUGCUAUCUUCCUCAAUAGUAGCAUACCAGCCAGCCGGAGACAACAGCCACACCUUUGAUGUCACAGCCAUGUUCAAGUCUAUCGGGAUUUUCCUUGGAAUCUUCAGUGGCUCUUUCGCAAUGGGUGCUGCUACUGGAGUGGUGACAGCUUUAGUGACAAAGUUCACCAAAUUACGAGAGUUCCAGUUGUUGGAGACAGGCCUGUUCUUCUUGAUGUCCUGGAGUACCUUCCUCUUGGCUGAAGCAUGGGGUUUCACAGGUGUGGUUGCAGUGUUGUUUUGUGGCAUCACACAGGCCCAUUAUACAUACAAUAAUUUGUCCACGGAGUCUCAGCAUAGAACUAAACAGUUGUUUGAGCUUCUCAAUUUCUUGGCAGAGAAUUUCAUCUUCUCCUACAUGGGACUGACACUGUUCACAUUCCAGAAUCAUGUCUUUAACCCAACAUUUGUAGUAGGAGCAUUUAUUGCUAUUUUCUUGGGAAGAGCUGCCAAUAUUUAUCCCUUGUCCCUCUUACUUAAUUUGGGUAGAAGAAGUAAGAUUGGAUCAAAUUUUCAACACAUGAUGAUGUUUGCUGGCCUUCGUGGCGCGAUGGCAUUUGCCUUGGCCAUUCGAGAUACUGCCACUUAUGCCCGCCAAAUGAUGUUCAGCACCACACUUCUGAUUGUGUUUUUUACUGUGUGGGUGUUUGGUGGUGGUACCACCGCCAUGCUGUCAUGCUUGCAUAUAAGGUACUGUGCUAGACUCUGGGGAUACGGAGAUGAAUUGGGACAUGGCCUUUACCCUCAAGGAGCUCACAGUCUUUUUGGGGAGACUGACAGGGUUGGUGUUGAUUCAGACCAAGAACAUUUGGGUAUUCCUGAAAGUGAAAGAAGAACUACCAAAGCAGAGAGUGCCUGGCUUUUCCGGAUAUGGUAUAACUUUGAUCAUAACUAUCUGAAGCCCCUGCUGACGCACAGUGGGCCUCCUCUUACGACAACCCUCCCUGCCUGCUGUGGACCCGUUGCGAGAUGCCUAACCAGCCCCCAGGCUUAUGAGAACCAGGAACAGUUGAAAGAUGAUGACUCCGAUCUUAUUCUCAAUGAUGGUGAUAUUAGUUUGACGUAUGGAGAUUCUACCGUGAACACUGAAUCAGCAUCGUCCGGUGCCCCUAGGAGAUUUAUGGGAAACAGCUCUGAAGAUGCCCUGGAUCGGGAACUUGCAUUCGGGGACCACGAACUGGUCAUUCGGGGAACACGCCUGGUUCUUCCUAUGGAUGACUCUGAACCCCCGUUAAAUUUGUUAGAUAAUACAAGACACGGUCCAGCCUAAGCUUACUCAUUACUCACUUAGUGAUCUGUAAAAUUUGCACAUGUGAUUGUGAAGAAAUUCGUACUACCUAAAAAGUCCCAGUGCAUGUCUCUGAAUGUUUAAGCUGUAUAAAUGCUAUUUAUAUGGCAUCGAAAGACUAUAAAUACCCUGUACAAGGCAGAUUGUGAACAAACUCUUACGUUUUAUUGGCUGCAUUAUGUAGACCGGAUCUGUUUUAGAAAGUUAAUUUCAGUGAUGUCGUGUGUCCAAGCUUUAUGUCGCAGUUCAAGCAUACAAGGUGACAGAUUUACUCUUUCUUAUAUUUACCUGACACUUAACCGGAGUACCAAGUUCUCGUGAUAUGAAUUAAUUUUAAGGCAAUGAAUUUGUGGGAGGGGAGGGAGAGGAAGGAGGGAGUGCUAGCAGGAGAAGUUCCUUUGUCGGGAAACUUGUGUUGAUUGCUGCUGCCUCUGUCUUGACCUUUUCCUUUCCUUUUUGUCCGGUGGCCUGUUGUGGUGCGAGAGGCCGGUGGCUUUGGAUCUUGCCCCAUUUAGAUCGGGGAGUGAAGUGCGGGGGCCCUUUGCCCCCCUUGCCGUGAAAAGAACAGAUUUGUUGGCUACAGUACACUGCUACUCGGAAAAGAAGGCUGCACGUGACUUCCAAGACUUUGUUUCUUUUCUUCCCCUCCAAGACCUGAGAAGGAGUCGCGCCAUCCAGCCCACUUAGCCAAAGUACAGUUGUAUAUAGUUCAGAGCACUUGAUUUCAAUUUGGAGGGGCUGGGGCAGGCGGAGAGGGGGCAGAGGCCAGGAAGGGGAGUAAGAAGCAUGGUGGUUUCGGAGAGCUCUCCCCCCAGAUAUGUAAAUACUAUACACCAGAUAAGUUUAAAUAAGAAAUUCAAUUGCUGCUUACUUUUUGAUUAUGUACUUUAUGUGUAUAGCAAGCUUUGUGGUCAGAAGUUUUUAUAUCGAUUUAAAUCGCUGCUCUUUAGCAGCCAAACAGGAGCAAAAUGUAAAAUUUUUGAACUUACUUGUGUCUCAUUGUCAUUCAUUAGUCUGUAGUUGAUGUUAAAAGUUAAUUUAUGAAUCCAUGACCGUUCCACACUCCGCCACAGCCAGUCCUGAGAGAAGUACAGCGCUGCGGAGAGCUUGCUGGGAGGGCGGUUGCUCAUCUGUGUGCACCAGGUGUAGCUGUCUUCAUGCUCAUGUGACUUUUUAAUAUGAAAUACCUAAGCUGCCAUGUUUUUUUUUUUUUUUUUUUUUUUUUUUCAGUUUUCAAGGAAGAGUACAUAACAUUGCCCAUUUCAUAUUCAGAGUAUGAAAGUGGAUUCUCUUUUGUAAGCUGCAGAUACCUAAUGGUGCAUUGAAUGCUUAGCGGGGGGAUCCUUUCCGACAUUGAUUCUGACCCGUCAGAGUUUCAGAAGAAAACUAGAAACUUCUGUGGGUUUUUUCCCCCUCAGGUCUGAGUAGCAUUGCCUUAAAUCGUACCUAGUUCAAAAACGGAUUUGUUUAUGUGAUGUUCAAAUUGUCCAACACAAAACAUCUUUGCAAACAAAAUAUGUACUUGUCUUCCCAAAGGUUUCCUUGCUGUGAUGCAAACACUCCUUGCGAUUCUGAGGGAAUUCUACUGUUGGACCCUUGAGUGGCAGCUCUAACUGUUGGCAUAGCCAUUUGUUACGUAGUGGUAGCGACUUUCCUGCUAUGCAGGAACCCCGUGAAGUGUGCAUUUUCUACGAUGUGUGCCUCUUCAUGCAGUCAAUAAUUUCUUGUUAAUGUGUGUUUGAGGGGCUUUGAACUUCAGCGUCAUUUACCCACGAAGUCAUUCACGUUGUAAAAGGUUAUAUAAGAAAUUCACAGCUACCUUUUUUAUCCUGUCAAGUUACUGAGCUCACUUUAUGAAAAUGGCUGUAAAUACUUAGCAUGACAAAUUCAGUAACUCGUCUGUUUCAGCAUGCAUAAGACCUUUUCUUAGGGAAACUGAUAAAGCUUGAGUCAACUAAAUCUGCCUUCGUACUUUAUCAGAGGGGAACCAAGCCUGCUGUGCUUACGUCAGCAUCUGGAAGAUUCUCCUCUCCUCUAAUCUGCGUGCGCAUCUCCAAGCAAAGAAGAAAAAAACAAACUCUGCUCAUACGUCUAUUGGUUUGAGACACCUGAAUGAACUUGGAUGAGGUACAGUCUGAGUUCCCAUCAUGCACAAGUAGAACUGUUCUCGGACUUGUUUUUCUGUUCUUUGUGGACCCUACACGUUUGAAUGACUUGGACGUUGCAUCUUUUCAAGUCACUUUUUAAGGUUCCUUGGCAUUUUAGCCUAGUUGUCCGUGUUUGGCAAUGUGCUGUUAAAGUAAUAGACUUUUAAUCUUUUAUGUAUUUUUUGUUUUCCCUUGGAGUUCUUGGACAGAUGUUAUAGUGGUUUCUUUUAGGAAAAUCUGUCAUUAAAAAAAAUUAUAGCCUUGCAAA